AUGUGGCGACCGUCAUCGACGAAGCCCCGGGGCAUCUCGGCGUACGAGUACAACACUCGGUAUAACCUCCAGCCCACGGAAGAUCAAGAAGAAGCCAGAGAUGUCGCGGAGCGCAAGGGGUACUCAACGGCGUUCAAGAAGAGGCCCGACUACAAGCCGACGGCUCUACGAUGGUACUUUAUAGUUCUCCAGAUCAUCCUGCUCUGUGUGAUGAUUGCCAUCGUUGCAUAUUGCCGCGCUAAGAUGCCAGACUCGGACAAUACUGCCACAAUAGAGGAGAGGUCCCUAAAUCUCGACUGGGAGGCUAAAGGAGGUCUGGGUAUGGGGGUGUUCAAGCGUCAUGAGGAACCGGCGCAAAUGACAGGUGUGGACGGUCUUGUCAUUCCACCGCAUGGAGUAAGAGCUUUUGCUGGGCCAACUCCCGUCCUAGCAGCAAGGGAAACCUCACCGACAGUUGCACCGACGGCUGCACCCUCUGCUACGCCCUCCUACAGCCCUAGUUUCUUCAUUGCCGACAUCAUCACCAUCAUGAAACCGUCGUACAUUCAAUCUCUCAUCGAAGAUUCUAGCACACUUGUGUCGCAAGCCGAGCAAGAAAAGAAUGGCAUCGAAAUCGACACCGAGAUCCCCCUGGUUCCCUGUGGCACAUCGACCGUCUGUACCACGACCAUCACAAGAAAAGUUAUCACCACUCUCAUCAUCCCAGCAACGACCGAGGUCUUCACAAUCACGAUGGGAGCGACAACCAUCUAUCACAUAACAGAGGUGGAGGAAACCGUUACCCAGCCAGACGUCGUCUUCACUACGGAUGUUGUUACCGAAAUCGAAGAUGUGAGCGAGGUCGUGGAGACUACCGUUUUCACACUAGGAAAGCCACCGCUUCCGGGAGAUGGAUCGUUCCCGGGCAACUCCACUCGGCCUCCGGCCCCACCGCAGCUGACUACGCAGACAAGGACGAGUUCCCAAACGAUCACACAGACAGUUACGACGCCCUCUGUUGGAACAUCCGCUGGCACCACCGGCGUCAUCACUAAGACCCUCACCGAGACGGAGGUGAUCCCCAAAGAGGCUCUAGCCACAAGAACCGGGGAAGAGCAAACGUACUUCCAGCUUGGAGAGACGACUAUCGAAGUUACAUACACACCUCCACCCCAGGAGAGAGUUGCUGGCGUUGCGGAGCCCCCAGUUACACAGAUAAUUACCACGGUAGACCCUGGAAAGACGGUGGUAGACGUGGUUCAGGACCAGCCGUUCCAGGUCGUAGUUAACGACAACAAUGAAGUGAAGACGGUCGUGGUUGGCGCGCAAGUUGAUCAGGUGGUCCAGCAGGUAGGGGGCGACGUGACCAAUAUGGUGGUUGUCGUCACACCGGUACCGGUUGGGGUUGGUCGUGCUGGUUCUAACGGCAAGAGUGGGUCCAAUAAUCCGGGGCAGGCCGGUCAGUUUGGCAAUCCUGGAGACGGAUCUGGGAAUGUCCAGAAUUUCGGAGAUCCGGAUCGAGGAGGCUCCAACUCUGGGCAAGGCAAUUCCAAUUCUGGACAAGGAAAUUCCAAUUCUGGACAAGGAAAUUCCAAUUCUGGGCAGGGAAAUUCAAACUCCGAGCAGGGACAUUCAAACUCUGGGCAAGGAAAUUCCAAUUCUGGCCAAGGAAACUCUAACUCUGGGCAAGGAGGGUCACGGCCGGGUCUAUCAGGUUCGGUCGCAGGUCAAGGAGGAUCUGAUAAUUCCGGGCAGGACGGUUCCAGACUCGGCCAGGGAGGUUCAGAUAAUCUAGGACAGGGAGGCUCUAGACCUGGACAAAGCGGUUCUGGCAAUUCUGGCCAAGGAGGCUCUAGUGCUGGACAGGGAGGAUCGGAUAACCUAGGUCAGGGUAACUCAGGUCAGGGUAACUCGGGUCAGGGUAACUCGGGUCAGGGAGGCUCUAGACCCGGACAAGGAGGGGCAAGGCCCGGACAAGACGGAUCUGGAUCUGACCAGCAAGACUUUGGUGACGACUCUGGCUUUGAUGGAGGAUUCGCCCCUAUAUCCUUGACAGUGGUAUCCCAUGUCGGUGGGCAACUUACAGUUUUCACGACCCAAGACUCACCACAGACUAUCGUGACAACGAACCCGGACGGGUCUCCAACGACGAUCAUCACGACGCCGCCGCCGAGAGUCGCCACGUCGACGAUAGGCGGAUCUCUUACGACGUUCGAAAUUGUGACAACACCAACAGCUUCGGAUUUGCUCUCCUUUACUGUUGUCAGUACCAUUGGUGGCACCCUAAGCACGAUACUCACGACCAAAGAGCCGACUACUUAUGUCACUACCCUCUCUGGGACCCCGACGACCAUUACUUCCACGCCGUCCGCCCGCACAGUGACCUCAACUAUGAAGGCGACCACCAGGACGAUAGUAUCGGUAACUACGCCGACCCCGACGGAUGAGCCGCCACAAACAGAAACAAAAGUGUACAAUGUCGAUGCAGCCAAAUACUUCCUGGGAAAGUUCCUCCCUGCGCUUCUCGCCAUCAUCCUGGCUAUUCCGUUGAGAAUCAUCGAUUUAAACGCCAAAUUAUAUCAGCCAUUCUACACUUUGAACCAGGAGCGUGGUGCACUGGGACCGGAUUCGAUGACGCUUCAUUUUAACGGUUUCAAGGCUUUGACCAAGCCGUUUGAGAUGCUCUUCCAAGGCCACCCUAUGACAUUCCUCACCUCUAUUAUAUUAUGGGGAUCUUCCCUCAUGGUGCCCCUUGCAACCGAAGCCAUAGGACUUAAGAUCCAUGGCAAAUGCACGAUCAACAGCAUUGUAGGAUGUGGCCUCGAACUCGGAGUAUCCCCCGGCCCAACCCACGCGCUUCUGGCCCUGUUGGCCCUAAUAGUCACCUUCCUCCUCGUUCUCCUCUUUAUCACCCGGAAUUACGAAAGCGGGCUUUUCGCGAACCCGUGGAAUCUGGCAGGCAUCGCAUCUUUGGCAAGAUGCCGCGAUGUCCGAAUCCAUAGCUCGAAGAAGGAAACUAUUAGAAAGGAAAUUACCGAAAGACGCUAUGGGUUCGGAUUCUUCCGAAACGGCGAAAACAGAGACGAGUACGGCAUCGUGCUGCUCGAUGAUUCGGGCCAAAACCUUAGACAGGAUAGGGACAAUGACGCGACCAUUGAUAACCAUUCCGAUUCUGAGGAAGACGACCACGUGUACGAUGCUCCUGCUGGUCCCGCGAGACGUCGGAGCAGCUCGCUCUCGACGGAGAAUCAGCGGACCUCGGUCCCUUUUCUGGCGUUGACCUACCCCUGGAGGAUUAUUUUCAUCUUGUUUCUAUUGGGACUUUUUAUCGUCAUUUUGUAUUACCACGUCAAGGUCAUGGACCAAUCGGACCCCGGGCUCCGGAGCUUCAUGAACAGUCGCAAGUUUGGCGCUCGGUUCCUCUUUGCCGGCUUCGGUGUCAUCAUAACCUUGGCGUGGUUUGCCUUCUUCGUCAGUGUCGCCAUCAUAACGCCAUAUCAGCUAAUGGCAGAAAGUCCCCAGCCCCCCGAACGCAGCAUCCUGCUAUCGAGACCGUCGCAUGGGAUUUACGGGAUCUACGCCGCGAUCAAAGAGACCAAUAUAUUCCUCGUAUUGGUGUCCUUUAUAGCUAUUCUCGUCGAGUUCCUUCCGCUGCUCCUGGCAAACGUUCCUUUCAACUUGACGCAGACGAAGCUCACGCAUGACAUAUGCGCGCGGCUCUCGCUUGUAAUAUUAGCAAUUAUGAUAGGGACGCUGGUGGCUUCUUUCUUCAUCAAGUGGCCCAAGAUGCCGGUUGACCCCAGGAGCCUGGCUGGGGCGAUGUACUACGUCUCGGGCUCGGAUAUCCUGUUGAGUAGGGUUGAAGGGGGGGCGAAGAUGGAUGGGGAAGAGAGGGAACGAAGAGUUAAGGAGUACGGAGGGCGGUAUUAUUAUGGAAAUAUCGGUGCGAAGGGUAGGGUUGGAGUCGAGGCAGACGAAGGGGCAGGGAUCGGGGAUGACGUUGAGACAGCUUACCAUGGACAUCGCAUUUAG